UGAAAGGAGCUUUCUCUGCCCCAUUCAUAGAACCACAGAAUGGUUUGUGUUGAAAGGCACCUCUGAAGGCCAUCUUGUCCUGCUCUGCAACAAACAGGGGUGCCUACAGCCCAAUAAGGUGCUUUUCUUUCCAGCUGAAUCUCAAAUGCGAGAGCUCUGAGAUUUUUGGCCAUAACUGCAGCUCUCUAAACCAAACAUUAUCCUUCCUAGCCCAGCUCUUUAUAAAGUAACUCCUUAUCAAAGCAAACCUGCAGGACAAGAUGAAAAAAAACCCUUAACUUCCUUCACCUCCUGCUGCUUAUCUCUGUGUCCAUCAAAUACUGUGGAGAUUCACUCCCUAUGAGGGCAAACACAAGGCCAUAAUAAGGGGGAACACAGCACUGAAAUGGCCACCUCAGGGACAGGCUACAGCCCGCGGGCUGGCCCUAGGGGCGCUGUCCAGGUAGACGCUGUCACUUUGUCCCAUGUCCUAAUGGCUCCUUGUCCCUUUGUCCCAGUAGUGAAGAGUCCCCGCAAUCCCUGCCCUCACUCCGCCACGUCCCGGCCCAGGCUCCCUGCCCUCACUCAAGAUGGCCGCCAUGGUGCCCGCUAACCGCCCGCCGCCCGCACCGACCCCUCCCGCCCGCCGUAGCGCGGGCUUCCUUUCCAAGAUGGCGGCGCCCUGCGGUCGGAGCAGUCGGUGGCUGUGGGCCGCGGUGGUGCCGGCCGCCGUGCUAUGCUUAGCGGUCCGCGCCGUGGAGGAGGCAAGCACGGCUGAGUUCGACGUGAGGCCCGGCGGAGAGGUUCACUCCUUCUCCCGGAGCCUGGGAGAUUACACCUGCACUUUCACAUACUCUGCUCAGGGAGGAACGAAUGAGCAAUGGCAGAUGAACAUUGGAGUCAGUGAAGACAACCUGCUCUUCUCCUGUUCUGUUUGGAGGCCCCAAGGGAAGUCUUACCUCUUCUUCACCCAGUUUAAAUCAGAAGUGAAAGGAGCCAAGAUAGAAUACGCCAUGGCUUAUUCUCAAGCUGCAGUGGGUGCACAGAGAGACAUCCCCUUAAAACAGGAAGAAUUUGAAAUCGCUGAAACGACAGUGUCUCACAGGGAAGGCAAGUUCCGUUUUGAACUGUCGAAGCUCGUGAUUGUAGCAAAAACUCCCCAUGAUGAGCUGUGACUCUGAAGAUGCUGUUGGGCAGUAUUUCGGCCAGGAGACCAUGGCAAACAAUGGAAAUUACUUGUUAUUGGCAGUUAUUUCAGUUGGCCAAACCUUUCAUGUUUUACAUAUUGAGGUGCGCUAGGGUCCAAGACAAGUGGGGCGUUGAGGUGUUGAGAAAAAUGCGUUCUGUCUUGUGUCAGAGUAACAGUGUGCUUUGCAGCUGGAAACAUCCUCUGAAAAUCCUGAUCUAGAGCUAGCCAUUCUGCUGCCUGUUUUCUACUUCAGUGAUCUGCUGAAUAUGGUAAAGCUGCCCUCUAAAACAGCACUUCAUCUUCCUUGCUAGGAGGAGCAAUGCAGCAGCUGGAUUUAAGCAAGAUCUCCUAAAUGAAAGUUGUUAACCCUGGAGUCUCUGGAAGGUGGUAACAGGGUUUCUUUCUCUGGAAGCAUUACAGAAGAAACAAAUUAAAUUGGGGAGGAGGGGGAAGGAAGGGAUAGGGUUGGUCAAAGCCACCUGACUUAAGUGCCACUAUGGAAAACCAUCAGUGGCUUAAUUGGAGAGGAUGUUCUGUCCUAGUGCAAAUUGGAGAUUGGGAUAACUUGGCAUGGGGAAGGCAGAGUUUCUUAUUCUGGCACAACCCAGGAGUCAAUCCAAGCAACACUUUCAUGUCUCAGUACCAGUGCAGGACUAUUUUCUAUGUACAGAAGCAUUUUUUUUCUUAUCUAAAAUAUUAACAGCGAGGGAAUGUGGAAUUCCUAUCCUGCAUAAAUACACAAAUAAAGCAUUGUGCUUGCACCUGGG